UUCAGGGUACGGAGGUGAGGGUUGAAUAGAAUAUUUAACCUCACAUAUAUGGAGCUGAUCCGGACUCCUGGGGAAGGAAAGGAAGUAAUUCAUCUUUCUUAAGAAGCAGGUAUCCAGCUUGGAAGCUGAAACAAAAAAUUAAUUAAGCUUAGAGAAGAUGGAAGGAGGUGCUAUCACAACCAAAAGGUUAGAAGGGAAGGUAGCGGUGAUCACCGGCGGAGCCAGUGGUAUCGGAGCGAGCACCGCAAGGUUGUUCGUCCAGCACGGCGCGAAGGUCAUCAUCGCCGACAUCCAAGACGAGCUGGGUCACUCUCUUUGUCAAGAACUGGGCUCCGACCACACCAUCACCUUCGUCCACUGCGACAUAAGUAACGAAGACGACGUCCGGAAUGCCGUGGACACGGCCGUCUCUAAGUACGGUAAGCUGGACAUAAUGUACAACAACGCGGGCAUCGGCGGCAAAUUUGGUGGAUCGAUCUUGGAGGCUGACAACGAAGAUUUCAAGAGAGUGUGGGAUGUGAACGUGUUUGGUGGGUUCUUAGGGGCCAAGCACGCAGCAAGGGUGAUGAUCCCAGCCAAGAAGGGCUCCAUACUCUUCACUUCUAGUGUUGCUUCGGUGGUGUCUGGGGAGACAACUCAUGCUUAUGCCACAUCAAAGCAUGCAUUGGUGGGGUUGAUGAAGAACCUGUGCGUGGAGAUGGGACGGUUUGGGAUCAGAGUGAACUGCAUCUCUCCUUACGGGGUCGUGACACCGAUGCUUAGGGAGGGACUUAUUGGAACGCUGGACGACGGCGUGAUAGAAGGAUUGGUGGCUAAAGCUGCUAACUUGAAGGGUGUGGUGUUGAAGGCUGAGGAUGUGGCCCAGGCCGCUCUCUACUUGGCCGGCGAUGAGUCGAGGUACGUGAGUGGACUCAAUCUUGUUCUUGAUGGGGGUUACAGUACCACCAAUCCAGCAUUCCUACAUGCCGUGGGAACGGCGUCGAACCUCCCUAUGCCUGAGUAGACCCCACCAAUAAUUGGAAAAAAAUUCUCUGUUUUUCUCAUCCAUGUUUUUCCUUAUUUUGCUACUUGCAGAACACGACACGUGGAUAAUUUUAAGACCAACGCACCGGAUGUAAUAAUCCUCACCCAAUCUUGACCGUUGAUCUUAAAAUUGUCCACGUUUUGCAAAAUUAGUUUGUAUGUCGUUUUAGUCUAGAUCGAUUAUCCCAAUAGAAUCAACUUUUUAAUAAUCGAUUAAAUUAUGAGUUUAAGAUUUUUUUUUUUUAAUUAAUGGAUUGAGUUUGGGUGGAUAAGAUUUUUUUUA